GGAUGGCGAGGCUGAGCGUCAAGAGUAUGUGAUGGCGGAGGACGGUUUAAUCUGGCGCGGCAGUCACAACCGUAUGCGGCCCACCGUAUGGAAGUACGCGCAAUUCGAACGGGACAUCUUGGAUUGCGCCCUGUACCUAAUGAACGAAGUCGGUAAAGUUCGUGUUUGCGGCAGGAAUGACCCGGUUAUUAUAACGCGUUGUUUAUCUGCCGCGGUGAACUCCCCCGACAACAAUGGAGUAAUGAUGGGAAAGUUAGAAAUGACGGGAAAAUGGUCAAUCGACUACGUCGAUGGUAUACCACCUACGAAGUGGAUGGGCUC